AUUGUCGUGUGCCUAUGUAUGUUUGCCAAUCCUGCGUAGGACUUAGGGGAAGUCCGCCUGUCUCACUACAUAACAUACAACAACAUUCUCAUUCUCUCCUCAUUAUUAUUUUUCAGCAUCACCUCCCCUUUUCAUCACGCUACAUCAGCGAGAGGAUAAAAAAAAACCCCCCCAAAAAAAACCCCCAAUACCUAAAAAUGGACACCAGAAUGUUUAUCGCACCUCGUCUAACCCGGGGCCUAACUGGUGUUGCGGUUGCUGGGAUGGGUAUCGGAAUCUACAUGUAUACGAGAAAUACGAUCCACGCAGACUCUGGGGUCCCAAAACCGACUUUUGGCACUGGCCCAGCUUUCUUGUCUCUUCAGCUAGAAAGUACCGAAGACAUAAACCAUAACACUAGGCGGUUGCGCUUCAAACUACCUGAGCCAAACGCCGUCAGCGGGCUGAGCUUGACUUCCUCGCUCCUAACAUUUUCCUGGCCAAAGGGUAGCGCGUUGCCCGUUUUGCGCCCCUACACUCCGAUAAGUUCUUUAGAUGAGCCAGGUGUUCUCGAGUUCCUAGUGAAACGAUAUCCAAAGGGUAAACAAAGCAGUUACUUGCAUUCAUUACGGCCAGGAGAUUCCUUACGUUUUGUGACCCGCCUUCCGGGUUACAAAUGGAGCCCAAAUGAGCACUCAAAUAUCAUGCUUCUUGCUGGGGGAGCCGGCAUCACCCCAGCUUACCAACUGAUUCGAGGCAUUUUCGAAAACCCCCAAGAUCAGACUAAGAUCACACUCGUGUUUGGUGUGAAUACGGAGGGUGAUUUGCUACUGAGGAAAGAAUUUAGUGAGUACGAGGCACAGUUUCCAGGUCGGUUUAAGGUUGUGUACACCAUAAGCCAACCGACGGAAAACUCACGGUUUCGAAAGGGGUACAUUGAUAAGGACUUACUCAAGGAGGUCGCACCAGCUUCAGACGAUUGCAAGGUGUUUGUAUGCGGUCCGCCACAGAUGGAAAGCGCUCUCGUGGGUGGCUGGCGAAAGUCGGGUAUAUUGGAGGAACUUGGAUAUCGGAAGGAUCAAGUCUAUAAAUUCUGAGUAUUGAGAUAUCUAGCAUAGGCGGAACACAUAAGAAGUGGCCUUUUGUUGAUUUCUUUCAUUGCAUAAGUAUUAAGACCAUUUCCAACAACUCAUCUAAAUACACUAAGCAUUAUCCCACAAUACGUACA